AUGGUCGCACUGGAAUCGUUACUCUUAACCGACACAUCAAGAGCCUUUCGACGAGCUGCGCCUCAUCCCCUCAUCUUUCGCCUGAUCUCUUGGGCCAUCGACACCGUUGUCGCAGUCUCGGGCAUCAUUCGCAUACCGCUACUGGCCAUCGCCUACGUCCUUAGCCCUACGCCUUUUCCGGGAUGGUCAUUCAACCGGCUUGUUCAAGUACGCACCGAAAGGCUGCGGGGGACGCUUCUCUCUUGGGUGUUACCGACUAUCUUGUUCGAUGAAAGACAAAAAGAGGAAUGGACCUUCUACACUGAGGAAGAGAGAGAAGGAAGGGUCAAGAUUGAUGCACUGGAUAUACCACCGGUCGACGCCAGAUGGACUGGCGGCUUUGCGAGCCUCGGCGAGGUCAAAGCAGAAACUCGACCGGCGUUCUUGAUCUGUCCACUCAAAGGCGAGAGAGCCCACCGCACUGAUGGGAGAAUCAUACUUCAUCUACAUGGAGGAGGAUACAUCCGCGGCCAUCCUCUCUGGACUCCAUUCCCUUACAACAUCGCUAGGGCCACCGGCCUCGAUUGCCUGAGCAUCUGCUACCGCAAAUGUCUUUCCCCUUCCUCCUCCUUCCCCGCCCCUCUCUUCGACGCCCUCUCAGCCUACUUCCACCUCACCCAAACCCUCCACUACCCUCCUUCAUCCAUCAUCCUCCUCGGCGAGUCCGCCGGCGGCCACCUCUCGCUAUUACUAUCCCAAGACCUCCACCAGCUCGGCUUGCCCCAGCCCGGUUCUAUCGCCCUGUCAUCACCUUGGUCCGACUGGUCCCCUUCUUAUCCCUCAUAUGCCGAGAAUGAGCCAUACGAUUGUGUGUGCAUGCCGAGGUUACGAGGUGCUGUCUUGUCCGCUACCCGGUACUUUGAGCGAAAGGCGUUAAAAAGCCCGUGGUUUUCUCCCAGCAAAGCGUCUCCGGGACAUUGGACGUAUUUGCAAGAAGAAGGGGUGGAUGUGUAUUUGCAGUAUGGGGGGAGAGAGGCGAUGCGGGAUGAAGUUGCUGUUUUGGGCGAGAGUAUGAAGAGAGAUGGGGUGAGGGUGAGGGUACGAGAGGAUGUGAACGGAGUCCAUACUAGCGCUCUGACAGAUGGAGGGGCGAGGAAGACGUUUGAGAAGGAUUUGGUGGAGAUGUUGAGCGAUGGGAAUGGUGCGGAGGACAGGGCAUGA